CUCCGCCCCUCUGAUCAUGUGACCGCCAGGGGAGUCAGAGGCGGAAGCGGGGGUCCCGCAGGCUGGCGAUCGAGGGCUGCGUCUAGAAGGGGACGCGUGCGGAGAGGGCGGCGUGGGGACCCAGGUGCCAACCCAGUCCGCGAUCGCCGGCCCUGCACGUGCGCCCUGGCGUGGCCCGGGUGACAGGUCCUUUAAUGGAGCAGCCAAUCUGUCAGCAGACCUGGUUUCAUCUAAUGAUUUACAGACCUCAGCUCUGAAGCCACUGAAACAUUCCUCCCGGCCAGGCACUCAUCCGCACGAUGUUGGACUUCCUAGCUGAGAACAACCUGUGUGGCCAGGCAAUCCUAAGGAUUGUUUCCUGUGGUAAUGCCAUCAUUGCUGAACUUCUGAGGCUCUCGGAGUUUAUCCCUGCUGUGUUCAGGUUUAAAGACCGAGCCGAUCUACAGAAGUAUGGAGAUAUCAUCUUUGAUUUCAGCUAUUUUAAGGGUCCAGAGUUAUGGGAAAGCAAGCUGGAAGCUAAGCCAGAGCUACAGGAUUUAGAUGAAGAGUUUCGUGAAAACCACAUAGAAAUUGUGACCAGAUUUUAUUUAGCCUUUCAAAGUGUGCAUAAAUAUAUUGUAGACCUAAACAGAUAUCUAGAUGAUCUCAAUGAAGGUGUGUAUAUUCAGCAAACCUUAGAAACUGUGCUCCUCAAUGAAGAUGGAAAACAGCUUCUAUGUGAAGCACUGUACUUGUAUGGAGUCAUGCUGCUGGUUAUCGACCAAAAGAUCGAAGGAGAGGUCCGAGAGAGAAUGCUGGUUUCCUACUAUCGAUACAGCGCUGCUCGAUCUGCUGAUUCAAACAUGGAUGAUAUUUGUAAGCUGCUACGAAGUACAGGUUAUUCCAGCCAACCAGGAGCCAAAAGACCACCCAACUAUCCUGAGAGUUAUUUCCGGAGAGUGCCUAUCAAUGAAGCCUUCAUCAGUAUGGUCAUUGGUCGACUGAGAUCUGAUGAUAUUUACAACCAGGUCUCCGCAUAUCCUUUGCCAGAACACCGCAGCACGGCCCUGGCCACUCAGGCCGCCAUGCUGUACGUGACCCUCUACUUUGAACCUGCCAUUCUUCACACCCAUCAAGCGAAAAUGAGAGAGAUUGUGGACAAGUACUUUCCAGACAACUGGGUAAUUAGUAUUUACAUGGGGAUCACAGUUAAUCUAGCAGAUGCUUGGGAUCCUUACAAAGCUGCAAAAACUGCUUUAAACAAUACUCUGGACCUUUCGAACGUCAGAGAACAGUCAAGCAGAUACGCUACCGUCAGUGAAAGAGUGCACACUCAAGUGCAACAAUUUCUGAAAGAAGGGUAUUUAAGGGAAGAGAUGGUUCUGGACAAUAUCCCAAGGCUCCUGAACUGCCUGAGAGACUGUAACGUGGCCAUCCGAUGGCUGAUGCUUCACACAGCAGACUCAGCUUAUGACCCAAACAACAAACGCCUUCGUCAAAUCAAGGACCAGAUUCUAACAGACUCUAGAUACAAUCCCAAGAUCCUCUUUCAGUUGCUGUUGGACACUGCACAAUUUGAGUUUAUACUCAAAGAGAUGUUCAAGCAAAUGCUUUCAGAAAAGCAAGCCAAAUGGGAGCAUUACAAGAAAGAGGGCUCAGAGCGGAUGACGGAGCUUGCUGAUGUCUUUUCGGGAGUGAAACCCCUAACCCGUGUGGAGAAAAAUGAAAACCUUCAAGCCUGGUUCAGGGAGAUCUCAAAACAAAUACUGUCUUUAAAUUAUGAUGAUUCAACGGCCGCGGGCAGAAAAACUGUGCAACUAAUACAAGCUUUGGAGGAGGUUCAAGAAUUUCACCAGUUGGAAUCAAAUCUGCAAGUAUGUCAGUUUCUUGCUGACACUCGCAAGUUUCUUCACCAAAUGAUCCGAACCAUUAACAUUAAAGAGGAGGUCCUGAUCACAAUGCAGAUCGUUGGGGACCUUUCUUUUGCUUGGCAAUUAAUUGACAGUUUCACAUCUAUCAUGCAAGAAAGCAUAAGGGUAAGCCCGUCCAUGGUCACUAAACUUAGAGCUACAUUCUUGAAGCUUGCCUCUGCCCUCGAUCUUCCCCUUCUUCGUAUUAAUCAAGCAAAUAGUCCUGACCUUCUCAGUGUGUCUCAAUAUUACUCUGGUGAAUUGGUGUCCUAUGUGAGAAAGGUUUUGCAGAUCAUUCCAGAAAGCAUGUUUACUUCUCUUCUAAAGAUCAUAAAGCUUCAGACCCACGAUAUCAUUGAAGUGCCAACCCGCCUGGACAAAGACAAACUGAGGGACUAUGCUCAGCUUGGCCCACGAUACGAGGUUGCCAAGCUUACUCACGCUAUUUCCAUUUUUACUGAAGGCAUCUUAAUGAUGAAGACAACUUUGGUUGGCAUCAUCAAGGUGGAUCCAAAACAGUUGCUGGAAGAUGGAAUAAGAAAGGAGCUGGUUAAACGUGUUGCUUUUGCUCUUCAUAAGGGACUGAUCUUCAACCCCCGAGCCAAGCCAAGUGAGUUGAUGCCCAAGCUGAAAGAGUUGGGGGCUACCAUGGAUGGAUUCCAUCGCUCUUUUGAGUACAUACAGGACUACGUCAACAUUUAUGGUCUGAAGAUUUGGCAGGAAGAAGUUUCUCGUAUUAUAAAUUAUAAUGUGGAACAAGAGUGUAAUAACUUCUUAAGAACAAAGAUUCAGGACUGGCAGAGUAUGUACCAGUCUACUCAUAUCCCAAUACCAAAGUUUACCCCUGUGGACGAGUCUGUAACAUUUAUUGGUCGACUCUGCAGAGAAAUCUUGAGGAUCACAGACCCAAAAAUGACAUGUCACAUUGACCAGCUGAACACUUGGUAUGAUAUGAAGACUCACCAAGAAGUGACCAGCAGCCGGCUCUUCUCAGAAAUCCAGACCACUUUGGGGACUUUCGGUCUGAACGGGUUAGACAGGCUUCUGUGCUUUAUGAUUGUCAAAGAGCUACAGAAUUUCCUCAGUAUGUUUCAGAAAAUUAUCCUGAGAGACAGAACUGUGCAGGAUACCUUGAAAACCCUUAUGAAUGCUGUCAGCCCCCUAAAAAGCAUAGUGGCAAAUUCGAAUAAAAUUUAUCUUUCCGCCAUUGCCAAAACACAGAAGAUUUGGACAGCGUAUCUCGAGGCUAUAAUGAAGGUGGGGCAGAUGCAGAUUCUGAGACAGCAGAUUGCCAACGAGUUAAAUUAUUCUUGUCGGUUUGACUCCAAACAUCUGGCAGCUGCUCUGGAGAAUCUCAAUAAGGCUCUCCUAGCAGAUAUCGAAGCCCACUAUCAAGACCCUUCACUUCCUUACCCCAAAGAAGACAACACACUCUUGUAUGAGAUCACAGCCUACCUGGAGGCAGCCGGCAUCCACAACCCACUGAAUAAGAUAUACAUAACAACCAAGCGCCUACCCUAUUUUCCAAUUGUCAACUUCCUAUUUUUGAUCGCGCAGUUGCCAAAACUUCAGUACAACAAGAACCUAGGAAUGGUCUGCCGGAAACCUGCGGACCCCGUGGACUGGCCGCCGCUCGUCCUGGGAUUGCUCACCCUGCUGAAGCAGUUUCAUUCCCGGUACACCGAGCAGUUCCUGGCGCUGAUCGGCCAGUUUAUCCGCUCCACAGUGGAGCAGUGCACAAGCCAGAAGAUACCUGAAAUGCCUGCGGACGUUGUGGGUGCCCUCCUGUUUCUGGAGGAUUAUGUUCGGUACACAAAGCUACCUAGGAGGGUUGCUGAAGCACACGUGCCUAAUUUCAUCUUUGAUGAAUUCAGAACAGUCCUGUAACUUUUUUGACAUCUGCGUCUUCAGUCAAAGGCUUGUCCUUCAGUCUUCCCACGACUAAAAUGAAUUUAGAAAUGAAGAAACUCAGCUGCUCGUAGAACUGCCUCGCUCCCCUUAACUGUGGGAAACGUCAGGUAUUAAGAUGUAUCUCACGGCACUCGUUCAUAUAAUUAAUAUUGUUGAAAUCAUGGUAUUAUAUGCAAUUUGUAUCAUGUAGGAGCAGAAUACAUUUUUGUACUGCCUCUUAUAAAUGCCGAAUGUAAUUGUCACAUAUAAAUCCAUUUAGUUUUAUGCUCUAAAGAACUAUUUGUGCAAUUCGGGAUUUUCAGUAAAAUAGUAAUUGCCAGUA